AUGGAUCCAGUUAUUUAAAAUGUGAAACCUAUGUAUCAAAAGCCAUUCCCCUAAUGUCCAGAUCCUUAUUUAGAAAUUGAAAAUACAAGUUCUCCUACAUUACCUUUUCAUGAUCCGAUUAAAUUUGACAAAGAUUACAUGUAAAUGACUAUUUUUUCACAAAAUCUCACAUCUAGAGGUAGAUACGUCAGAAAAUUCAAAUUCUAUUAUGAUAGUUAAAAGAAAGAUAUGAUUUAUUAACUUCAACUAGUUUUGUAAAUAUCUUGCAAUUCUACUAUAUUCAACGAAAAAAAGAUGAAAUAUGACUACUAUAUAGGGAGUGGUUCGAUGGUAAUAGAUGUCUUGAGUGAUGCGUUCUGGGGAUUAUGCAGACCAGUAUUUGUAGGAAAGCCAGUAGGUACAUAUUUACCCAGUUUCAUAACAUUUGAUAAUAUAACAAACACCUAUUUGAUCUCUAAUAAUUCCAACUACACAUUUUUCCCAGAUGUAGAUAAACUCGAAACAUUUCGAUUCUUCAAAUUUGCUAUAGAUGUAGACAUCAAGGACGGUUCUGGAUAGGAUUAUCCUGCUUUUUGGAGUUUAUAUGUGUAUAAAGAAGAUAAUUGA